AUGGAGAGUUCGGCAGUGGCAGACAGCACAUCCGUGCUCAGCGCUAAGGCCAUCAUCCCUAGUCUAGAGGGAAAGCAAGACAGGAGCUUGGAAAGGAAAGAAAUGGAGCAGGGAAGGUGCAGGUCUGACUGGAAACAUGCAGAGGCCAAUGCUGCCAUCAGCACUGUCAGGGAUGGAGUCAGGACGGACAUGUCACAAGAACCAAUGGAAUGUUCUCAAAGUGAAAAAUGCACGAAUGUCAGUUCAAGGACACUUCCCAGUCAAGCAGAGAAUUUUCCAACUGAUAUCUCCUUGAAGUUAACGAUGGUAAGACGGAAGAGUGGAUGUCCUGAUCACAGACUCCAAAGACAGCUCAGAGGGCAGCUCCGUCUUCUGGAAAAUGACAGCAAGGAGGUGAUGGCAGUUUUCAGUGAGCUCUCUGCCAGGCUGCUGUCUAUUCAUAGUGAUCAAGAUCUAAUAGUGGUGACAUUUAAAACUUUUGAAGAAAUAUGGAAGUUUCUAACCUACCACUCACUGGGUUUUAUAAAUCAUUGCAUGGAGAAUUUAUUCCUAGAUCAAUCUUUCUGGCUCUAUUCUCAAGAGGAGGAAGAAACAGGCAUUGAAGUCUGUAUAAAUGAAAAAUCAUUAAAUUUGAUGUACAGAAGCAUGCUAGUACAGGAAGGUGCAUUUUUUGUUUUUUGUCCUGACAAUCUGAUAAGAAAGAUAAUGGCUACAGACAAUGAAAUAAACACUUAUUUUGAGACUGGGGCUUUUACUGAAGACGUAACAGUUGAAUCUGUGGAUGGUAACAUGACCGUGCAGUCUAAUGCUUCUCCAGAACCAUUGAUCCCUUUUCAUCAAUGGUUUCUUAAAGGGUAUUCUGAUCCUAUUGAUUUUGCAUACAAAACUGAAUCUAAAUCCAUCAGGAAAGUUGCAAUAGGAUCCUGUCUAGCUGUGAUAAGUUAUGAAAGUAUUGUGUUGGAAGAGAUGAGUUUCCAGGAAGGGGACAAAAUUGAGAUCCUUGGCUACUUCAUUGAAUGCAUGGAAUGGUUUCUUGGAAGACAUGUGUUUACUGGUCAAGUAGGUUUUGUGAAGACAAAUCAUGUUAAACUGGACUUACCUAAAAAUAAACCACAAGACCUGGAUUUUCUUGAAGCAGAAGAGCUAUCUUUUUUUUCAAAAGAAAACAAUUUGGAAGAAGUGAUACAUUUGUUGAAACAAACCUCCAUCACAGAUGUUUGCUCUGUGUAUAGAAUAGACCAAUUAGAAGAACCAGAAUGUGAAAUUCAAUGUUCACACUCUAGCACAGGAUCCACUAGCAAGAAUGGCAAGAUAGAAGAAUUCCUGAAGAACUUCAAGAAUUUGGAGGCCACUCAGGCAGAAGAGCCAACUACUGAAGUAAAAGAUUCUGCUAGCUCUCCAAGUAUAGAAAUCUUUCCUCCACCUGAAAGACCUUGCUUCCACAUAAGUCAAGAUGAUGUUCAAGCAUCUGACAUCUUUGAGUCAUUGUUACUCUUCUUAAAUAGGAAAGAGUAUGAGAGAAACUUCAAAAGCCUGUAUGAUUUCUCUUACACAUUUAUCAAUAGCAUGUUUUAUGGAUUUUCAGAAGAAGAAGAACUGGUUAGCUUUUUUAGACUAGCAAGGGAAUCGGCAAAGAAAUCUGGUAUGUCCUGGGCACUAGCAAGGCUAUGCUUUCUCUUAGGCAGGCUCAGUGUUAAAAAGUUGAAGUUUUCCCAAGCUCGGGUGUAUUUUGAGGAAGCGUUGGGAGCAGUAGCUGGAGGGUUUAGUGAUUUGUACUUUGUAAUUGCUCUUUAUACAAAUCUAACAGUCAUCUACUUGACACAGAAGAACAAAGAAAAAUGUGCUCAUGUUUUUGACAAGGCUACAUCUCUUCUCAUGGGAAUUCCCAACUACAUUUCCAGUGCUGACCUGGAGUCAGAUAUUCUAAAGUAUGCUCUGAAGAGGACAAUUUUGAGCCAGAACAAACAUGCAGAGGCAAGGGCAUGCUUUCUACUGGCAAAACAUUACAAUGCACGCAAACAGCAUGAAGAGGCACUACCAUUCUUGGAAAGGUUUCAACUGUUGCUUAAUGACUUGGGUUUACAAAACAGCUUAUCAAACAACUGUUAUUUCAAACUAGCGGAGUCCUACAAUGAAAAGUGUUUACCGCACAUUGUAUUAAGUUGCAUAAAGGUCGCCUCUUCCCAGAGUUCCAGUACUUUAAUGGAUUCCUUGAAAAGGAUUGAUUUAGUCAUCAGAAAUGCUCCCAAGCUCUAUGGCCUGAGAAAACUCAGACAAAUACUCCCAUCCCAAAUUGCACCUUACCUCAUACAAGCACUUUCCUCUGUGUUUACUAAUGAGCACCAAGGACUAUGCAGCACUAUCUAUCUUAGCUUAGCAAAACUGUACAGCCACCACAAACGGUAUGGAAAAGCCAUUGUUUACAUGAUGAAAGCACUGGACUCUGAUGUUUCUGCUAAGCCAGAGGAAACUAUUAACCAUUUGGUUUCACUUGCUUGGCUAUACAUUCUUUACAGGCAAUACGAUGUGGCCUUAGCCAUUUUAAAUGCUGUUGUAGACUCUUCAUGGAGCAAUCCUCAACAACAAGGCAUCGCUUAUAAUAUGCUUGCUAUUGCUUUGAAAAGAACAAGCAAUACAAAAGAAGCUGCUGAGAGCUACCACAAAGCAUUGCGUCUCUCAGAAGAGACCAAUAUGACCCAUAACCAAGCUAUAGCCCUAGCUAAUUUUGGGACACUCUGCCUGCAUGCAGCAGCCAGCAAGCUGGCAGAACAUUAUUAUAUCAGGGCAGUGAAGCUAUUCUCCAAACUUCCAAGUAUGGACUGUGGCCAAGACUUUAUCCAAGUCCUCCUUCAGUUGGGAUGUUACUAUGUUGGUGGAACUCAAAGAGAAAAGGGAAGGUUUUAUUAUGAAUGGGCUUUUUUAGUUGCAAUGGAGACAAGUCAUCUGGAAAGUCAACUACAAGCAAUUAAACUGCUGUGUCAGUUCUAUAGUACAGUUGUUCCCAAUGAAGCUCAGUGUGUCAUCUACAAUGAAUAUCAACUAUCUUUGGCUAGAAAGAUGUCCAACAAAGUUCUGGAGGGGCAAAUUUUGGAAACCAUUAGUCAGCUCUAUUUGUCUUUAGGAACAGAAAGGGCUUACAGGUCAGCUCUGGAAUAUACCAAAAGAAGCCUUGGAAUAUUUAUAGAUCUCCAGAAAAAAGAGAAAGAGGCAUAUGCUUGGCUACAGGCAGGAAAGAUAUAUUACAUUCUGAGGCAGAAUGAGCUUGUGGAUCUUUAUAUUCAGGUUGCUCAGAAUGCUGCUCUUUACACAGGAGACCCAAAUUUAGGAAUGGAAUUGUUUGAAGCUGCUGGAGACAUAUUUUUUAAUGGUACUUGGGAAAAGGAGAAAGCAGUGACUUUCUACAAGGAUAGGGCUCUUCCACUUGCUGUUAAGACUGGCAACAAAAACACCGAACUCAGAUUAUGCAACAAAUUGGUGGAAUUGCUGGUGAAUCUGAAGGCUUAUGAGGAAAGUCUGGAAUAUGCAAGAGCAUCUCUUAUGCUCAGUGUAAGUUUAGGAAAUCAGCUAAAUGAACGAAUAGCUUACCAUCGGCUGGCUGCCAUCCAUCAUCAUUUGGGUCACUGUGAACUAGCUGAACACUUCUAUUUAAAGGCCUUGUCCCUCUGCUCCUCUCCUCUGGAGUUUGAGGAGGAAACACUGUAUUAUGUCAAGGUGUACUUGAUCUUAGGAGACAUUAUAUUCUAUGACCUUAAGGAUCCCUUUGAUGCAGCAGGCUAUUAUCAUUUGGCACUUGCUGCUGCCAUGGACCUGGGCAAUAAAAAAGCUCAGCUGAAGAUUUACACAAGGCUUGCAAUCAUCUACCAUAACUUCCUUGUGGAUCGGGAAAUGUCUCUCUUCUUCUAUCAAAAGGCAAGAACCUUUGCAACGGAGCUGAACGUUAGAAGAAUAAAUCUAGCUCCUGAUAGGUGUUACAAGAGUUCAUAAGCAUCUUUGGAAAACACAGUCUAACUACUACAGAAGUACCUAGAGAAUAUUGCACUAGCUUUGUAGGAGGAUGCAGAAUGCAUUCAGUGUCUCAUUAUGCACAUGCUGUAAGCCAGAGCUCAGCAUCCCAGACUAAAUUACCAGUUUAUAUGACAGUGAACUAUGUUUCAUUGUCUCCCAAGAUAUACAGUCUUGUACUUGUUGUUUAAGGAUCAGCCAGUGAACU